AUGCCCAGAGAUUUGCGCCAUUGGCGCCCCUGUGCAACAAUAGAGCCGAGCGAUCAACGGGAAAUCGGCAAGGAGGACCUUGGUGACGGCAACGGAUGCAAAAUCUUGCAAAGAAACCACUUGUUUCCCGGCAAAUACACCAACCAUAACCCGCCAAAUGACAGGCUUUGCUAUGGCGUGCGAAUUGGGGCGGCGGAGCUCUGCCAAAACCCCGGAAAUACGGUCACUAAUCAAGGAAUCCCCGUAAUCGACAUGGCAAAAAUAUCUGUACCGCAAGACCGAGUCUCCAUUGCUUAG